GAGCUCCUAGUGUGCCAAGCAUGGGCGGUAUACAGCAAACAAAGACAACCCCUAUUCUUAUUUUGCCUACUGAAUGCAAGACCAGGAACAAUGUAAGCAGACCGUCAGGGGAGCUCUGGGAAACACCAAAAAAUAGCCUCUCCCCCCAUUGGCUGCCAGGAUGGAAACAAACUACCUAAAGAGGUGCUUCGGAAAUUGCCUGGCCCAGGCACUGGCAGAGGUGGCAAAGGUUCGGCCCAGUGACCCAAUAGAAUACCUGGCUCACUGGCUUUAUCAUUAUGAGAAAACAGCGAAAGCAAAAGAAGAGAAUAGGGAAGAGAAGAUCCAGCUACAGGAGGAAUAUGACAGUAGCCUCAAGGAAAUGGAAAUGGCAGAAAUGCUGAAACAGGAAGAAUAUCAGAUUCAACAGAACUGUGAAAAGUGUCAUAAGGAACUGAAUUCUGAAACUGUUUCCACGAAGAAGACCAUAUUCAUGCAGGAGGACACAAACCCCCUUGAGAAGGAGGCCUUGAAGCAGGAAUUCCUGCCAGGUACUUCCAGUAUGAUUCCAGGAAUGCCUCAACAGGUUCCUCCUUCAGAGUCUGCUGACCAGAUUGACUGGAACUUCAGAAUGCCAAAAGAAAUAAAUUACAAGGAGGCUUUUCAGCAUGAAGUUGCUCAUGAAAUGCCUCCUGUCUCCAAAUCUCCUUCUUAGGUUACCAGAAGGUAGAUGCUUCUGAUUUGCUUUUCUCAAAGCUGGAAGCCAAGUAAAUGCCAGCUAGAACCAAGAUUUAAGGGGCUGUAAAAGGAGAGUUCAGGGACUCUCCAGCCUACUCCUGUUCUGAAAAACCUUUAAUCAUGUGAAUAUUUGAACUAGUUAUAGGAUAAAAUAAACUCAGAAUACAGAUUUUAAAUAAGUAAACAAAUGGCUGUGACUUUUUCCUCUUGUGUUUUCAAUGUUUUGGAGACUACACAGUGAAAAUACAUCUGUUGGGGUGAUCAGACCGGACACCAGGCUGUGGGGGCUACGAAGUCUGGCGAAGUCGAAGGAAUGAGAAAAGACAAGAGAGAAAGUGGGACCAGGGGGCCAACGCUGGUAUGGAGGCUGCAAAGGCCCCAAGCUCUGGGAUCCCACACUAUUUAUUGGUGAUCAAACAAAGAAACAGGUGGUGAGGAUGUGGGGGUUGAAAGGAAGUGAUGUAUCAAGUGAACAAGCUACAGCUGUGAUGGUUUAGCAUUUUCUUUGAAACAUAUGGCUACUUGAGAUAAUGGGAGUGCUAGAAGCAAGGAGCCAGCAAGUCUAGACACAUUCCAAAGGUCCCAAGGAGUUUUACCCUGGACCCUGGACAUGUUCCAAGCCCUGUCACAGCUCCUCUCUCAACACUCAGCUUUCCUCCCAACACACAUCCAUCUCGUGUGUUCAUGUCUUAACUUUUGCUUCACUUCACAGUCAGGCCUCUCAGAGUAUUAUUUACACAUAUCCUGGAGUCUGCCUUUGUCACUGAUAGCAGAUAUUUUUCUUGAACAUAUAUUACCAGUUUUUUAAUACUUUUUUUCACUUUUUGUAAUUGUGGUAAAAUACAUGUAAGACGUACCAUCUUAACCAUUUUUAAGUGUGCAGAUCAGUGGUGUUAAGUAGAUUCAUAUUCUUUUGCAACCAUCACCACCAUCCAGCUCCAAAACUCAUCUUGCAAAACUGAAACUCUACGCCCAUUAAAUAAUAACUCACCAUUUCUCCCUCUCCCCAGCCCCUGGCAACCACCAUUCUACUUUCUGUCUCUGUGAUUUAGAUUACUCUGUAAGUAUGUUGUACAAAUAGACUCAUACAAU